AUGCCAACUAUAUACUGCAAGAAGUACACCAAGGCUCCUAUGGAGGGCAUCCGGGCGUCGGUCGCUAGCGAGGAAGAUUCUGUUGGUCGGUACCACCACCUCUCCUACCGGUCGACUGAAGAGAUGAAAGCUUCCAUUGUGUCGUACUCGUUCGACCAGUGGGACACGGAUAUUGUGGGACCCUUCCCCAUGGCGAUAGGGCAACGAAAAUUUUUGCUCGUCAUGGUAAACUACUUCUCCAAGUGGGAUUAUCUACUUCUCCAAAAGUUCAUCUGGCAGCAUAUCAUCUAUCGGUUUGGCAUUCCGCCUCGACUCGUCUCAAACAAUGGUAGACAUUUCGCCGGACGGAAGCUCAAAGAGUGGUGCGAGGAGUAUGACAUCCAGUAG